CCUUAAACCCUAGUCCAUAGCCAAUUGUAAAAUCUCAAAAAUUCAAAAUUUAAUAGCCAAAAUGCCAAAUGCCACUGAUGAGUGAUAACUGAUAAGUGGUGAUAAGACUCGAUUACUGAUAACUGAUAGUGAUAAUAUUUGAUAUGAAGUGUUAUUUUUAAAUCAUUUAAUCUGACUAGUUUCCUGUCUCGGGAGACCAGUUUAUUGGUAUAUACUACUGUUUUUCAACAGUAGCAACCGUAAAUUGGCUAUUGUUUCUCGUAAAUAUACCAAAAUUUAAUUUGGUUUGACAUACAGUGAACAGUAGGAUUGUUUAUCAAAAUGUUUAACGUACUCUCUCGUUUGGCUGAUAUGAAGCUCCCUCCUAUCGGAAGGCUGUUCAGCUGGGGGCCCAUAUUGAUUUUAAGUAUAAUGGGCUUCCUCACCUACAUGGUGUUCUAUUUUGUGGAGAUGUGGUGGGUGCCGUCCCAGAGCGUGGGCGGCAUGGUGCACAUAACGGUGUACUGCAUAACGACUCUCAGCUCCUUAUGCUGGUUCUUGACUGCAUCCUUCACCGGCCCCGGCCGCGUGCCCCGGGGAUGGACUCCUCCCAACGAAGCUGCGGUAGAGUAUCUGCAGUACUGUAACACGUGCAAGGCAUACAAGGCUCCAAGAUCGCUUCAUUGCAAGAAAUGUGGUUUCUGCGUCAAAAAGCUGGACCACCAUUGCCCGUGGAUCAACAUCUGCGUGGGUCACGACAACCAUCUGUACUUCGCCAUAUUCCUCACGUUCACCUUGCUGGCCUGCUUCCAGGCUGCCAUCGUGGUGACAACAUGCCUGUACCACGCCAUCAACCGCGGCUGGUACAUCCAGCAAGGCCUGCAGCCGGUCAUCAGCCUGUCGUCGUCGCGCCUCAUGCUGACCAUGUUCGCCACGGGACUGGCCGUGGGCGCCGUGGUCGCUGCGGUGUUCCUUCUUCACGGACAGUUAACAGGCUUCAUCAAGAACUUCACGGAGAUCGAGGGCUGGGUGUUGGAGAAGGCCAAGUACAGGCGACGCGCCGCGGGUCUGCCCGCCUUCGUGUACCCCUACGACAUGGGCUGGAAGGAGAACCUCAAGCUGCUGCUCGCGAGGGACUUCGACGGACUGUGGUGGCCCGUGCGGAAGGGCUGCAGCCCCAAGGAGAUGAUGGAUGAGCAAAAAGCGCAGAAGAAGGACCGCGAGAGCCGCUUCUUCGUGUGCAACGUGAGCGACGAGUACGACGGCGCGCGCGUGCCGCUUGCCGCCUACCCGCGCGCCGCGCUCGCGCCGCCGCUCUCGCUCGCGCCGCGCCUGCCGCUGCGCCUCGGCGACUGCGUGCGCGUGCUCGUGGACGGACCGCAAUGGAUGUUCGGUGUAAAACUAACAACUGAAGGGCAAGAGACCGGGAAACGCGGCUGGUUCCCGCGGGCGGCCGUCUACACAGAGGAGGAUCUAGAGGACGCACAAAUCGACGCACAGACCGACACACAAACACAUACUAUCACCAACGCACUAACUGUAAAAACAAAAUCGGCAUAAAAUAUAUUAAUAUAUAUAUUUUCAAAUUCAAAUAUCUCAAAAGUUAUAAUUAAGUUUCGACUGUGUAGACAAAUAUGACGGCAUUUUUAAGCAUUAUUAUAUUUUUUUCAAAAUUACUAACAAGUGAGAACAAAUUGCAUCAAAUAUUUAUAUACAUUAUAGAAUUAUACAUGAUAUGUAUUUCUUCAUCAUCAACAGCCUGUAUUCGUCCACUGCUGGACAUAGGCCUUUCCGAGAGCGCGCCACCACACACGAUCCUCCGCCUUCCUCAUCCAGCCACUUCCCACUACCUUCUUGAUGUCGUCGGACCAUCUAGCUGGAGGGCGUCCUACACUGCGUCCUACACUGAUGUAUUUCUUAUGAUCUCUAUAAAGUGAACUUCGCAUAUUUUGUCAACUUCAACUAUAAAUAACACUCAAAUUCUCCUUUGUCAAAAUGUUGAUACCUUUUAAUAAUUCAAGAACAUUAAAUUGUAAUAAACUGAUUUGAUUCCCUAGCGAAUAAAACAACCAAUAUGGUGGUUAAAAAAACACUAAAAAUAUUACGUCAUGAUACCUUAGCCGUCUGUUUUGAACGAAUUCGUUUCCGGUAGCAAGCGAUUAAUUUAACGUCGUAAAAGAUUCAAGCUUAGACUUAUUUAUCUAAAGUAAAUAAUCCAUGUAAGUAAUCGGUUUUAUACGACAAACUGUAAACAAAAUUUGAUGCUUCCUAAUUCUUUUUGCGUCGCAAUUUCGGUAAUCUUAUUAAGUUAUUGCGUUCUAAAUUUAAAUAUCAAUAUAACUAUAAUGUAGGUACGUAUAAUUAUGUAAAUUGUACUUGAUAUUUGAAAAAGUAUCGUUUACAAUUCUCGAAAAAUAUAUACCUAUUAAUAUUUUUAUUUUCCGAUAUGAAAUUACUAGAUAUUUUUAAAGUUUUUGACAAUUAGUGAAAGUUUCGUCGCUAGAGAAAACAUUAAUUUCAUUUAUUCAGGGGUAUUUGGUUAAAGAAUAAUAAUAAUUAUUAUUUCUUUCGAUAACUGUCUGGUAAUUUAUUAUUCUAAAUUCUAAAUAGUCACAAUCAAGUUAAGCUUAAUUAAUUUUUUUUUAAUUUUAACUUCCGGUAGGUUGGAGAAUGCGAAAGUGCUACCAGUGUUGCUACAUAAUAUGUGCAUUAUAUUUAGUUUAUAUCUAUAUAAACGUAUCUUGUGAUCAUUUAUUACUUGCUAUAUGAUAUUAACACUGAAAUAAAAUAUGGUUUAUUGCAGAAAGAUUUUCCAAUUACCCUCUAAUCCCACAUUAUAAAAAGUGAUGUGAAAAUAAAGCGAAAGUUUAUUAAAAUUUCAAUUUGGUGUCUAGCGUUUUGAGGUGAGUUUGUUUGUCACUAUUUAACUUUUGGUGUGUUAAGUUUUAAUAUGUAUUGUUAGCGUUGCUUUCGUUAGUUUUGAUAUGUUACUUUCCAUCCCCUGGUUACUUUUUAAUUUGCUAAUACAAAUUAAUGUUCGGAUUAAGGUAUUAAAUCGAUUACUUUUACGUAGAUAACUGCUUACUUUAGAUAUUUUUUAUUGCAUAGAGACUGCAAAAUCCUUAAAUAAUACCGUGAUUGAUAUUUUUGAUAAUGGAGAUAAUCAUAAUCGAUCAUGUUUGUCUCUAUUUUAAAUAAUAAAUAAUCAAUGAGUAACCUGCUACUUACGGUUAAUUCAUCACGAUAAUUUGUGAUUAAUUUUACACGUUUUCCCUAAUUAAGUAUAUUAUCACUUAACUGAUAGCUACUGUCUGUCUGUAGUUUAACUAAUCUUAAUUAUGAUUUUAAAUGAUUUAUAGUUUAAAAUGAUAUCAUUUAAAAAUAUUAAACCUAACAAACAUGCCUGAAAAUAUUUAUUUCAAUGUAACAAAGGAUAUUUGAGUUUAUUCUGUUAGUACAUUUUGAUAAGUUCCUCUGAGGACUUAGCUUGUAAAUUCUUCCGUGAAUAUUUUAGUACUCUUAGUCGAAUGCCAUUGUGUUUGUUUACAUAGUCGAUUGUUACCAUGUGAUAAAACUGUAUUUUAUUAAUUAAUUAUUAUAAUGUUUAAGAAGACUUUCAAACUGUUUGAACUUAUAAUAAGGUAAGUUCAAAACUAGUCUAUCUUAUUGUUGAUCUUAAAACCACAGCUUCCGUUGCGUUGUAGUUAGUGCUAUGCGUCUUGAAGCUUAAGGUUUUGUUAUUGUUUGUGUCGAAAGUACCUGUGGAUCUGUGUGUGAAUUGGAAAUAAUGUGUUAUGACAGAAUUUAGGUUUAAUGGAAAGUAGAAAUGACGUUUCUUGUGUGAAUUAGAUUUAAGUUUAAAUGGCUGGCUGUAAAUAGAAUUAGGCAUCACAUAAUAAUACCCACUUUUUUAUUAACGCCUUUUUUUAGUAUUUUUAGAUAAGCAAAGAGAGACGAGGAUACAUAAUAGUCAGAUAAAUAAAAAUAUGAUUGUCUAAUUUUUUUUAAUUAUUUAGAGUCUAUAAAAGAAUUUCAAAUGUUAUAAAUUAUAGUUAAAACAUAUUUGUUAAUUAUAUCCAUGUUUGUUAAAGAAAAAAUAAAAUAUUCCUUUGUAGUGUAAAAAUGUUUUUAUUGUGCAAUUAAGUAAAUAAAUUAUUAUCAUUCAUACAAAAUAAAUCUUUUAUGAAGCACAAUCAAAUCUUUUUUUAAUUAGCCUAUAUUAUUUAAAUAAAAUUAAUAUCCCGAAAAUCAAUAUUCAAAAUAUUUCUAUUAUUAUCACCAUUUUAUUAUAAUUAAUAAAUGCGCAACGAAAAUUACAUUCAUUACAGAUAUACAAACUUUGUAUUUCCGAUUUUGGAAAUUGUAUAUCAAAAGUUUGUACUGUUAAUAAAGCGUUGGUUAUAUUAAAAAAAACAAGCUCACGUUUUUCUUUUCUUACAUCUAAUUAUCAGUUUACUUAAAGAUACAUUUCAAUAAAAGUCUAUGAAACUCGAAAUCACUGUUAAAUUAAAGAGAGUAUGCGUUAUACUUAAAACUAACAAUUCUACCAAAAUGGUAGGAAUUUUAAUUGCAACACUGGAAAGUUUUAUGUCAUUGUCACCGAAUUUUUAAGCGCGAAACUUAUAGUUCGCGUUAAUCUUUACACGGAGUACUUAAACAGUAAUAUAGACCACUGAUUAGCGUGUAAAAAUGUGCCAGUAUUGUCAGUCAACAGAUAUUUUUAAAUACAUUGAACCAUUUUUUCAUUAUUACGAGUAUACCCAUUUUAAGCUUUGUAUAAUUUGCAAAAAAAUUAUACCAAGUUUGUGAUCACGCUAGGUUUACUUUAUAACAACAACAGAUAGUAACACACAGAUUAAUGAAUCGUCUUGCCUCGUUUUUUACUGUCCAUACCAGUCCAUACUGUCCAAGUUCUCUUUUUUUUUAAGAAAAUGUGACGAAAA